AUGGAUACCUCACCAUCAGAGACAAACAAUUCUCCGCCUGAAAAACGUGGUAAAGUGGAGAUGGAAAGCGAUAAUGAGGAUAAAGAUGACACUACUUUAAAUGAACAACCUUUGAGAGCAGAAAUUAAUCUUGAAAUUGUUGCGAGUGAAGCAAAUGGAGGAGCUCGGCCUUCACAUUCUGUCCCGCUUUUGUCUAUUCCAUUUCAACAACGUCCAGCUUUUGAUAGCGGACACAGAAUUACACGUCUUGGAGGUAAAUAUCAUAUAAUUUUGGCCGUUACUGGAAGUGUUGCUGCUAUCAAAACAAAUGAACUUAUACAAGAACUUAAACGUCAAUCACCACCUAAUAAGCUUGUUGUAAAGGUUGUAACAACUCAAAGUGCUCUCAAUUUCUUUGACCCGAAGGAGAUGGGUGAUGUAACUGUAUAUGAAGAUCGAGAUGAAUGGAACAUGUGGAAGAAACGUGGAGAUCCUGUUUUGCAUAUUGGUAUUUAUAGACUUCUGAAUUGCCGCCUUAUUAUUAUUUUUAAAGAGCUUCGUAAAUGGGCAGAUUCAUUAGUUAUUGCUCCUUUGGAUGCUAAUACACUUGCAAAGAUCGCUAAUGGCUUUAGUGAUAAUUUAGUAACUUCUUUAAUUCGUGCUUGGGAUCAGAAGAAGUUUUUGUAUUUUGCACCAGCAAUGAAUACUGCAAUGUGGGAAAAUCCGUUAACUUAUCAACAUUUGAAGACGUUGAAGGAGCUUUUGCUUUAUAGGGAAAUUCCACCAAUCGAAAAAGAACUUAUGUGUGGUGAUAAGGGUUAUGGAGCAAUGGCGUCGCCUCAAAUGAUUGCUUCAAUUCUUGCUUCGGAUAUUAAAAAUAAAUUUGCAGUAUAUUCCUACUCUGAUUAUUAA